AUGGAUUACCAGGAAGAACAGGUGCAGGAGUUGGAGGUGUUAGAAUCCAUUUAUCCUGAUGAAUUGACCAUUAAUAAGGGUACGUAUCCAGGAAUAAAUUUUGAAGUUCUUUUAAAAUUGGAACUAGAUAGUGAUGUCUUGGCAGCCUCAUUGACUAAGCAGCAUUCUAUGUUAAUUAGUUUUUACCUUCCUGAAAAGUAUCCUGAUGAGGCACCAACCAUUAAAAUUCAACCUCAGGAAGUUCUCCUAAAGGAUCUUCACAAUGACUCUGACGAGGAUGCAGAUGAAGAAGGUGAUGAAACGUAUGGUGAGGAUGCACCUGAAUUUGAUGACCAUGGGAAUAGAAUACUGAAUAAAUUAGAAAACUUACCAGAUAAGAUAAGUUUCCAACAAUAUAUUCCUGAUUUACAGGUAAAAUUAGAAGAACAAAUUGAAGAUGAUAUGUUAAUUGGAAUGCAAAUGUGUUUUGCUCUGAUUUCCUCCAUAAAAGAACAUUGUGAAACGUGGUUUUCUGAACAAUUACAUGAACUAGACAGACAACAUGAAUUGGAGAUUCAAAAACGUGAGAAGGAAGAACAAGCCAAAUUUAAUGGUACCAAAGUUACUAAAGAUUCAUUCAUUGAAUGGAGAUUAAAAUUCAGGAAGGAAUUGCAAUUAGAUACUAGGGAUGAGAUGAGAAGGUUGCAAGCUCAUCAUGGUAGAUUAACUGGUAAACAAAUGUUCGAACAAGGUGUAGACGGUACCAUUGACGAUUUAGAUGAGAAUUUUGAAGAUGAGAGUAGCAUUAGCAUUAAUGAUCAAGUAGCCAAGGUUACUGACGAUUUGAAAGAACUAUAG